AUGGACGAGCUGCUGAGAUGUUUGAGAGAUGGAUCCAUUGGUACCAGACCUCCUCCGCUGGCGCUUUUCCAGGACAGUGUGCCAUCAAUUGGUGGCCCAGCUGUUGCCUCGAAGGCUGUAGUGGACCUUUGCAACGCUGUGAAACAGCUUCGCGCCCAGGCCAAGGAGGUGCUUUGCAUCUCUUUGAGCGGUACCAGCGCUGGCUAUUCGAGCACUUGCAAGGGAAUACUGGGCGCACAGCUGCACGUCACACGGCUUGAUGCGCACAGCGACAGGGCGUUGGAGGAACUUUCAGAGGCAGUCCCUCUUCGAGAACCCAGACAGUCUGGAGAAGGGUCAGAAGAGCCCACAACAAUCCGCGCAAGCACAAGUGGGAGACCUUCGGACAGCAGUGCAGCUGCAGCUCCGACCGUGGCGGUCAUUAUUGACUCUCUGAGCUCGCUGCUGUUCCUGCACCCAGAGCAUAAGGAUUUGCAUAAGGCAUUGACUGUCCAGGCCCUGGAGCGGAUGUCUGCGUGUGUGGCUGAGCUCAUGCCACCGCCCGAAGCAGUCAGCCCAUCUGCUGCCGAUGUCUUCUUGGAAACACGAAUCAAGCAGCGCACAGGCAGAGUGAAGGUGGUUAAGGAUUGCUACCAACUCCUGACGGAUGGGACUCUCCUAGAGGUGAAGCCUGAAGUGGGAGCUACCCCAGCGGCUGGAAAACUUGGCAAUGCUCCAGGGGGCACCAGAAGUGAAGAUGCGUCCAAAGAAGCGGCUGCACUGGCGGCGCUGGCGGAGAAGAUGGGUGGGGGAAUGCGACUAACGCUGACUCAGCAGGAGGCGGCUGCACGGCAGAACGUCGUCCUUCCCUGGGAGCAGCGCCAGAACGGGGCCCAGUCACAGGCGUGCUCCAUGUUACUUGAGCUGUGCAUCUCCUUUUGA